CGCACAUUCAGAUUUUCUGACGGAUGAUUGACGCCUUUAAGUCCGAACAAUAGGCGUCGGGUUUUAGCGAAAUAUAAAAUAAACCAACAGAAUCCGCGUUAGAUCGUGAUAUGGAUGGACUUUGAUGGCUUUAGCAUUAGCCUGUUAGCCUGCACUGCAUGUGUGUGUUUAUAUCAACAUAAUAGCAACAACAUUGUGUGUUCAUUCAGAUUAGCAUGAAUAAGAAGAGAAUGAAUACAAUCGACGACUGACGGUGUGUUGGCGAUGAUGUAGAGUUUGUUUGUUCAGGCAGGAGAAGGAGAGCAUUUCCUGAACCCGAAUACUGGACUGGAGAGUUUGUUCAAUUCAGGGACCCGAGAUGGAGAAGACCGAGAAGAGGCCUGGAUACUUUGCCCGGCUCAAGAAGAGACGACAGCUGAAACAGAGUCAAAUGGAGAAAGCUGCGGCUGAGCGGAACCAGUCGGAUCCAGAGACCAAAACGGCCGUCAUCUGUGAGCCCGCUACUAUUGGACCAUUUCAGGAGAAGACUCCAGAAGGGGAGGAGCCUGGAAAAACCAAGAGGGGCCACAAUGGGCGAUCAGAUGACCACAUUAAGACAGACAGUCAGACCAAGAAAGAGAGAUGUAAACCUCCAGGAACCGUGGAGUACACCGUUGGACCAAAAGACACUUUGAACAGUAUUGCUCUGAAAUUCAAUGUUACUCCAAAUAAACUGGUGCAUCUGAAUCGUCUCUUCUCACACAGUGUUGUACCUGGACAGAAACUGUUUGUCCCUGAUGUGGACCAAUCAGAAGGCAGUUCUCGGGUCAAUAGCUCUUCUGAACGGAUCACAACAGAGUCAUCGGAGAAAGAGUCGAAGGAUGGUGGUUUGAGCUGCAGAUCUGGACGUCGCUUACGAAGGGAACUAUCACCGCUGUCUGAAGACGAGAGUCCAGCAACUGUUAAAUUCAUCAAGAUGAGCUGCAAAUACUUCACUGACGGCAUGGGCGUCGUUGGGGGGGUGAUGAUUAUAACCCCCAAUAACAUCAUGUUUGACCCGCACAAGUCUGAUCCUCUGGUGAUUGAGAACGGUUGUGAGGAGUACGGCCUCAUCUGUCCGAUGGAGGAGGUUCUGUCUCUGGCGCUGUAUGACGAUGUGUCCCGUAUGAAGCUUAAAGAUGCGCUGCCAUCUGAUGAAUCCCGGGAUCUUUGUCCGUUAUACAGGCCGGGCGAGUGGGAGGAGCUUCCCUCCGAACGCGAUCUGAACCCUUUUAGCCGCUAUGAGGCGCGCGGACAACCUAACCGACCAAUCAUAUUAGACGAUAUCGAAGCGGCUGUCUCCGAGAUGUCGGAGUGUCAUGUUGCAGAAAAGUCGCCAUCAGACGAAGGUUUUACCGAACUGGAACUGCUACAGAGUGACUCGAACGCUACGAUGCACAGCCUGGAGGGGGCGUCACUGUACGAUGACUCUGAACCAAGUAAAACACUUAGUCAGCCGGCGACGUCUUCGACCACCGAGAGAGAAGACGAAGAUGAAGGACUUCAUAACUGUUCCGCGGAGGUUAACACGGAGCUGCUGCAGUCCGUUCCAGAUAGGUUAGUCGAUGUGACCAAAACAAAACCUGAAACGAUAGUUAACGGUGCAAAGGACUCUGGGAAAUGUAGUUCGCCUGAACCAAGUGUUGACAUAGAGGGACGAAAGAAAAGUAAGAGAUCAAAUUCAGCUGUCGAACUUUCAGAAGCGGAGAAACGCAGACGAGCCAGUGAAGCUGAGAUGAAGUCGUGGCUGCUGAAACGGAUGCAAGUGCCAAUCGAAGACCUGCUGCUGUCCUCUGAAGAGAAGAGUAAAGCUCCGCCCAUGUUCCUCUGCUUCAAAGUGGGCAAGCCAAUGAGGAAGUCCUUCGCCAUUGGUCAGACUUCUAGCCCCGCCCGCUCACAUGUUGGACGGGGGCAGCAGCCAGAGUAUUGGUUUGCUGUGCCACAAGAAAGGGUGGAUCACCUGUACUCGUUCUUCAUCCAGUGGUCUCCAGACGCGUACGGUAAAGACGCUCAUGAGCAGGGCUUCGUGGUGGUGGAGAAAGACGAGCUCACCAUGAUCGAUAACUUCUUCAGCGAUCCGGUUCCUCGCAGCUGGGAGAUCAUCACGAUUAAUGAAGCAAAGAGACGUCAGAGCUUCAGCUUUGAGGAUGAAGAACUUCUCGAUGUUCUGCCGGUGUUGAUGGACUCCAGCACACUCCUGGACGACAUGCAUGUAGAGAAGUUGGCGACUCGUUUGCCGGCGCGCGUUCAGGGGUAUCCAUGGCGACUGGCAUACAGUACAGUGGUACAUGGAACCAGUUUGAAAACCCUGUACAGAAACCUGAUGGAGCUGGUCUGCCCGGUGCUGCUGGUCAUUAAAGACAUGGACAACCAGGUUUUUGGAACGUUUUCCACUGAUCCGUUCAGAGUCAGUGAAUACUGUUACGGGACAGGCGAGACCUUCCUCUACACGUUUUGUCCUGAGAUCAAGGUGUACCGCUGGACCGGAGAGAACUCUUACUUUGUGAAAGGAAACAUGGACUCUCUUCAGAUCGGUGGAGGCAGGGGUCAUCUAGGUCUGUGGCUGGAUGCUGACCUUUACCACGGGACCACAUCCAAAUGCUCCACCUUCAAUAACCUGCCGCUGUCCUCCAAGCAAGACUUCAUCGUCCAGAAUCUGGAGGUGUGGGCGUUUCAAUGAGCGCAUGCAUGGACGCCUGUAUACCCACAUGCACUGUGAAUCUUGCGCCACCCAGCACGGCAUGACAAACCGUUUGCUCUACCUGACACCCGAAUGCGGGUGUAGCUUUAUCCUGUACUGUACGAGGUAUUUAGAUGGAUUAAUCCGUGUCCGACCCAAUGUGGUUUUACUCCUGUAAAGCCUGAAGUGAGUUGUCAAGGUUUACUGGUCUGAGAUCGUUUAGACUUUAAGAAUAUCACGAGAGAAGUUUGUGGCUGCCUUAACCUUCCAUUGAAACCGCUAUCCCAGCAUGCUAUAUUCUCUACAGAUGUUCUCCUGCUGAAGUAUGAUCAAUAUAUUAACGCAUAUGUGAAUAAAAAAAAUACUAUAGACUGUGUAUGUGUUCAGGGCGAAAGAACUUGUGGCAUUUUAUCUUAUGACACAACCAAAAACCUAAUUUACACCAUUUGGUUGUUAAUUUUUUUAGUAUUUAGUUGGUAUACUUUCAUUGCGUUUUGAGAGAGCUCAUGUAACGAAAUGUUCAUAGCUGGGGAACCCAUUAUUUGAUUGAUCUACGACAACAAAAUUAAAAUUUUUGCCAUUUGGUAUGACGUCAGGGUCAGUCGCUCCAGAAGUAUUUUUCGUAUUUGUUUGAAAAGAGCACUAGAGAUCAUGCUAAUAUGGCCGACAAAAUGUUUAGAGAAGAUACAAGCCCGCGGUUGUACCGCUAAAACGACUAUUUUUCACCAUUCGGCGGUCAAAUUGAUUGCGUCACGGCCAAACGCUUGAAUAAAAAAAAAGAGGCUUCAUCUUCUAACAAAACAUAAAGUAAUAAUUUAUUGCAACAAUUUUUCAGCAUUUGAUGGACAAAUCGGUUGCGUCAGAACUAUUUUUUCGAACAAAGUAUUUUUUUUGUUUACAACAUGGAAAUUUUACUUGUUUAGUUGUCGUAUGUUUGUUUCGUUUGAAGAGAGCGCAAGGAAUGACGCUCAUGAUAUUGAAAUGUUCAUAGAAAUUACAAGUCACGAGUUAAGAAGACAAAAUGCAGAUUUCCGCCAUUCUGUGACCAAAUCUGUUGUGUCACGGCCAGUCGUUUAUUUAUUUAUUUAUUUAUUUAUUUAUUUACAACAUGGAGAUUUGAUUUGUUUAGUUGGCAUAUUUUCAUGUUUGUUUGAAAAGAGCUGGAGGUAUGAUGUAAAUGACAGCCAAAAUGUUCGUAGAAGAUACAAGACCGAGUUGAGAGCAAAGCGACAAUGUUUCGCCAUUAUGUGUCCAAAUUCAUUGCGUCAUUGCGACAAUUUCCACUUUUCAAUUCCAAAAUCUAUUGCGCCACGGCCCGUCGCCUCAAUAUAAAGUGUUUUUCACUUACAACAUGGAGAUUUGAUUUAUUUAGUUGGAUUAUUUUAAUUUUUAAUUUUUUAUUUUGUCAGAUAAAAGCCCUGUGAGGUCAACUAAGUGACAAUUUCUCACCAUUCGUUGGCGAAUUUCAUUUCGUCACGACCAUUCGCUUGAAUAUAACUGCGAUCUGGAGAACUUUUGAUCGAAGAUUACAAUCAACCAUUUUUAGACAAUUUUUGGGCAUUUGGUGGCCAUUGCGUCAGGGCCAUUCGCUCGAAUAGAAGAUAUUUUUCCAUUUACAACAUGGAGAUUUAAUUUGUUUAGUUGACGUUUUGGUUAUUUCGUCUGAAAUGAGCGCAACAACUUGUGGCUUGUAUAUUCCAAGACAACAAAAUGCCAAUUUCCACCAUUCGGUGACCAAAUCUAUUACGCCACGGCACGUCGCUACAAAAGAAAGUGUUUAAUUUACAACAUGGAGAUUUGAUUCGUUUUGUUGGCAUAUUUUCAUUAUGUUUUAACAAAGCUCAAUGAAUGUCGUAAAUAAUAUUGAAAUGUUACAAAGUGUUCCAGCUGGAGGGCUUGUAUAUUCUAAGACACACAAAAUAAAUCUGCCAUUUGGUGACCAAAUCCAAAGCAUCAGGACCAGUCGCUCGAAUAGAAAACAUAUUUAGUUCACAGCGUUUAGUUGGUGUAUGUGUUCAUGUUCGUUUAAAGAGCACACGAGUGCUCGAGUAAUUCAAAGGGAAACCGCAUAUCCAAUUUGUGGACCAAAGCAUUUUAUUGGCAUUGUUUUCAAGUAUAGGUUUUAUAUUUUGUUUAUUUUGCUUUUUGAAGUUGACUUAUUUUAUAUAUUGAAUGUGAAAUGGAUCACAUUCCUACAUGAUGAUGAUGUUUUACUGUUUUGUGAUAUUUUAGGGCCCUUGUCUAGUGUGAAGUUAUUCUAAAGGGAUGGUGAGCACUUGAAAUGAUGCCAGAAUUACUCGUGAACACUGUGUUAAAUGUGCGGCUGAUAUCACCAUCAUGUCACACUUACAGUCGAGGUUUGUUUCAUGAACUGUCACUGUUUUUGUGUAAAAUCGAGCGCCAUAAAAAUUGGUGUGCAAUUAUUGACGGAGCGAUGUUUAUAGUUCGUGGUCUGUUUUAUCACCACAGUUAGUGUGUAGAUGUUUGGAAGUGUCCACUAGUUUCACUACAUCACCGCAGCUGUGGGCGCUAACCAGCUGCUGACUCCAUUACAAAACCGUAUAUUUGGUCCAAGUUGUAGAAAUAGUUCAAUAGUACAAAUAUUUCACUCUUCAAUGUUUCAAAACAUUCAAGUCUGUGAUAUCAAACCCCUCACGCUGUUUAUUUAUGUGUGUUAACCAAUUAUUGUGUAUUUAUUGUGCAUUUUCUGUGUAAAGUGAA